AUGCCAACGUUCCAGAGCAACAGGUUCCGGGGGGCAGGCGACGCCAGCAAGGUGGGCUCGCAGUACCGCCGUCUCAUGAACAAGCACCCCUUCGUCAUGUUCGGCUUGCCGUUCAUUGCCGUCGUCGUCGCGGGCUCGUUUGUCCUGACUCCCGCGACGGCCGUCCGGUACGAGCGACACGACCGCAAGGUCCGGCAGAUGACGAGGGAGGAGGAGCUCGGCGUGAGGCGGGCAGCGCGCAGGGUGGACAUGAAGGAGGAGUACUACCGCCUGGCAGGACGGGAUCUCGAUGACUGGGAGCAGAAGCGCGUCGAGCGGCUGCCCGGCGAGAACGACGGCAUUCUGUGA